AUGGCGAAUGUGGCGGACCGUCUGUAUUUUCCUCCUUUGGAGGAAUGUCUGAAUGGAGACAACAUCGUCAUCUCCUGGAAGCUCGUCGCUGCUGCUCUAGCCGACAAGGACGAUACGCGACGAAAAACCAAAGCUGUGAUACAGUUUUUGCAAGACGAAUACGUGCGAUCCCUCAUCAAAGACCCGGCCACCGCCUUCGCGCCGCCAAGCGAUUCCACAAAGACCGAAUUCGAGACCAAGACCGCCGCCAUCCACGUUACCCCCACGCCAAAUGACAAAUUUGAUAUCAAGGUCAUCAAGGAGGAUGCGCAAUGGUUGAGCAAGAAUGCAAAAGUCAACCUCGUCGCCGCGCUUCGAGCGACCGUUGUCGAGUUCCAGUCCCGUCCAGCGAGCCACCUCACAGGCCCUCUCUCUACGCAAGACGCGGUCAACUUGCAGGAAGCCGCCGGCAUUGCUAAUGUUCAAUCUUCAUCCCUGGUCCCGCUUUCUGGGGCGGCGCUGGAUGCCGAAGCCAUCUGGGCUGAAUUCGAGAAGGACGAUACGAGGCGACAGCGCAUCUUCCAGACGUACCUCGCUGAACGCCGCAAUUUCCUGAUGACAGCCGAUUUGGUUCACGAAAAUCUCCUCUACACGCAACCUUCGACCCAGAUAACGACUGUCGAUGCGCCAUCAACACCUCCGAGACUGCUUGCCGCGACCGAUCGCCCCAAAUACCUGGCCGACCUACUCACAACCUACCUCCAAUUCGUAACAGAUUCCGCUGGAAGACUGGCGGAGGGCUUGGGCUCCGUACUGGAAGACAAGAACUUACUGGUUGAGGAACUCGAGUUGGAGUGGGUGCGGACGGUCCUGACCGAAACUGUGCACGCUCUAUCGGUGGUUUUCCAGGCCGUAGAUGGAAACGGCGAUGCGUUCGUGCCCUGCGCGAUUGUUGGACAAUGGUUCGCUCUUAUGGAGGGCUACGGUUUCUUCAGCGGAAUCACUGCGGCAAGUUUACUGAUACUAUCUUUAAGGAACGAAGCUAACAGCAAACAGCCAAAUGAGAGCAUUGGUUCACUCAUCAUGCCCCUCAGAUCGCUCAUAACUGCGAUUUCACUCAAAAUGCUCAACCCGUCGAGAUCCAUAGAGUCUCUCUCGGAGGAGACACCCGAGUAUCGCGGAGACGAGGAUCCUUACAUUACUGCACCAUCUGUCCUCGAGACAGUACACAACGCAAUCCUGGCAGCUGCAAACGCCGAUUGCGAAAGUCAAAGCCCCGUCAUCUUUGCCUGGACUGUUAUCGUUCACCGCAUGUUUGUCUCGCAUCACGAAAGAAUCGAAAAGCGAGACGCUCUGCAGAACCAGCGCUCCCAAGAGACAUUCGAAGCUGGUGUGCUGAUCCGUCCUACGCCUAGUCGUCGACUUUCGGCCGGUAGUAUCGUCUCUCUCGACGGCAAGUCGUUCGACAUCUUCCUGACAGGCGCUGGCCUUGAUAAGGACAUGCAGGUUGUGGAGCAGCUCGCAGUAGCUGUGACAUCCAAUGGGCGGGCGUAUGAGGUUGUCUCCGAGAUGGCGCUUGCUAUCGGUGGCUUGAGUGAGGGCGCUUUCACGUCGCUCAUCAGCUCGAGGGUACGCCUUGCCUUUGUUGAUUUCCUGAAGGCUACCUACCCAUUUGUGGGAUACCAGUCUGACUCGGUUACCUCGCUUCUGUCAGUUCUUUCGGCUGGUCAACAAUACUGGGACUUGGCAAAGCCUGUCCUUGCACCCGCGAACGAUGUUCUGGGUGAAGUACUUCAAGAUGCCACCACUCUGGAGUAUUACUUCCACCAAGCACUAAGCCGCUACCCUUUCGAGCUGUUGCCCUUUCUCAAUAUUUGUCGUGCUUUGGCAAACUGCACUGUUGCCGAUGGUCGUUCAGAUAUUGUGGUCAAUCUUUUGCGCAAAACCCCAACUCUCACCUUUAUCCUACCUGACGAUUACCAAGAAUAUGAGUUGGCCCAAGAGGAAGACAACACCAACACUUUCUGCCUCCUGGAGGAUAUCCCACUCUUCACACCUGCGACCGCAUGGAACAGGAGGACUCGACUCGAUGACUCAUUCAGGAUACCUGCGGAAACCUAUGGACGCUUCAUCACGGAUACGGGGCGAGUUGUUCUGAUGGAAUAUGAGCACUCAGCGCUCGCUCUACUAGGCAAGAGACUGGAGGUACAGCUCUCGCCCGAGAUUUACCGCAGCGAGCUAGAUGGCUUCCAGCCAGAGGAAACGGCGGAGACUAUCGUUCUGUUGUCUACUCUUCUUCGCGCUGAAGUACUCAAGUCUGAGCAACAGGGACUCAGCGGUGACGAUUCGCUUAAGUCUGGAUUGGAGUUGUUGGAAGAAAUUGGCAAGCACAUUUCUGGCAACAAGGAUCUGGUUGCUGUUGUGUGCGAGACCAUGGACGUUUACAUGCAAGACGACAAGGCAACUGAUGGCCAGGGCAUCACAGUGCUCAACUCCUGCGUCCAGUUUUUGCAUGCAAUUCUGCCCUUGUGCCCUACUAGGGUGUGGUCUUACCUGGCCCGCUGCGGACUUUUGAACUCCGAUGCUCAAGCUGGUAAACUGGCAAAGAUCACAGGCAACCUGGAUCUUGUUGGUGAUCGCUUCGACUUGCUCCUCUCUUCUGUUCGCCUCUUCGACAGCCUUAUUGACAGCGUCAAGAGCAGUGCUGUCCAGCGCAAGUCGGGCAACAAGCUAGUUGGUCGCCAGAAAGUAUCAAAUAAUGUGUGGCUUGGCGUAGCAGACAAGGUGCUCGGUAAAGUCAGCCUGGCCAUCGCGCAAGCCGCUGUGGACGUAUUCGAGACUUCGUCAACAUGGCGGUUUGCUUCAGAACUACACCGAACUCUACUCAUCCGCCAUGUGGUUCCGGUGAUGGACCGCAUCAUUUCUCACACUUACGGUAUGGGUAACAAAGAUAACUCAGAGACCCUGACGGUGUGCUUGGAGCCUGCCGCUUCCUACAUCAUUGAUUCGUUCCUCUCGCCGUCUACUGGCUCUCUUCGAUUCCAGCCGCUCCUGGCUACACUUGUCAACGGUUUGCACAUCCCGGAUUCAACACUCUAUCAGGACAGGCUAGCUUCCGCACAAGACCAACUCAUCUCGACCCUCAAAUUCACGACAACGCUGCUGCGUGUGGCCAACUACCUCGAACGACCAUCAGCAAGGUUUGAGGAUCAUCUUUUCAAAACAUCGUCGAUUCUCGCGAGGCUCUGCGCCAUAUGCGAGCAAUUCCGGCGACCGGCUCUUCUGCUCCUCGAGGCGCUGGUUCUGAGCGCAGCCAAAGCCAAUGACGACCCUCCAUCACUUCUAGGAUAUCUUGGUCCUCUGCUGUCUCGGUCGUUCAUUCAGGUGCUGUCAAGGCUCGAUAAACCCUUCCUUGUUAGCAGGGACGUGCAAACCACAUGGAAGUUCUUCUCGACAAUUGUUCAAAACCGUCAAACAUGGUUGUCGAACUGCCUGCUGACUGGCAAGACGCCUAGAGAUGCUCUGAAGGGCGGCAAGAAGGACGCUUCAUCCGCCCCCAAUUCCGUCCUUGCCACUGCGUUCACGAAGCUGAGAAAGAUCAAGGAACUGGAGAUUGCGGAGGCGCUUCGUAUCCUGGACUUUGUAGCAUCAUCCCAGAACCACUGGCCCUGGACUAUCUUUACCAUGCAGAAGGACUCAGCCUUCUUAGAUUCUUUGCGUCUUUACGUCAAGGACCUCAACAGCUUCACAGUCACCAGCAAAACGGACGCCGUCAAGGCUGCCAUCGAUGCAAAGAUGGCUGCUUACAUUGCCGAAAUCUUCGCCAUGCAGCUCUACCAUUUGCGUCAGAUGGGUGGCGCUGAUGUAUUCGCCAAGAGCCUGGUGUCAGACCUCGACUACUAUCUCCGCGAUGGUGUCGAAGUCUCAAGCUACAACAACUCCCUUCACACCAACUUUGCGAAGAACUUCACCAGCAAAUACCCUGGAGUUUCUCUGGAAGCCUUUAAGCGAACGGCUCUAAGGCCUGGUGAGCUUGGCAGAAGCUACUUCUACGACCUGGAAAGUGCUACUGAAAUGCUAAGCUUCGACCCCAGCUGGCAUGGUCGUCGCAACAGCGGUUUCUGCAACGAAAUGGGCAUUGCCAACGCAAACCUGUCCCUCGUUGACGCGCAAAUUUCGUUGUUCCACGCUUGGGAAUUCUUGUUACUUGAACUGAGCAGCAGUCUUCCGGAGAACGAGACUAUUGCCAAGCAGAUGCUCCAGGUCUCUCAACAGUGCCUUGAGGCGAACCGAUCAAACCAAGGACCCGAGAACAUUUUCAUGCGCAUUGUCGAGGAGCGUGCCGACCUCAGUCUUCUGCUCGUUCAGCGUCUUGUCGGUCGUCCCAUUUCGUCCCACGAUGUCAACCAGGUCCUUGGAACGCUUUUCACUAUUGUUAGCGGAGUUGAGGAGCCGUUUAACCCGGGAUCUAUCUCGUACUACCGAACCAUGCUCAAGACCAUCUACGUCACUCUGCGGGCUUACAGUGCAGCUGAGAAAAAGGGCCUUGGAGCGUCCAAGAACGGCGGCGAGGGAUUCUCCGUCAUACUCACCCAAACAAUUUUGAAUCUGCUGGAUAGAGUGGUCGCCAAGGGAUUCAGGACUCUUGUCGCUCUUGUUCACGAUACCGAGGCUGCCGUAGCGCCCGAGGAUUUGGCUCUCCUUACCGCCAUCCUGCAAGCUUGUCUCAAUAUGCCGAUAAUCGACCAAUGCCAGACACAGAUUCUAAACAUCAUGGCAUCGUAUGACGCCAUGCAUGCUGCAACAUCGCUCUUCUCAUGGGCCGACAAGCUUGCCGUCAACAACGACCCCAUCUACGGCGAGCUUAGUUUGCUGUUCCUCUUGGAGCUCUCGACACUCCCGGCUGUGGCAGAACAGAUGGCUUGCGACGGCUUGCUGAGCCACUUGACAUCGGCUGGCAUCACAAAUUUCAUGCGCCGUGGAAACAUCUCCCCCUUCUCAGAAGCCAUCGGACCACAGCGAUGCUAUAGCAUCUGGGUAAAGGGCGUACUUCCUUUGCUGCUGAAUCUGCUUACAGCCCUGGGUGGAACCGUUGCCCCCGAACUUGCCUACGUCCUGAACCAAUUCCCUCUCCUGCUCAAGUCUAGCGUCGACCGUUUUGAGGCUCCCGGGGCCAGCCGGACCGCGUCUAGAGAAGCGCCUCACUACGUUACCCUGCUAUCCGUUUCUGAGGUUCAUUCCCUUGCGCUUUUGACCCGUGUCAUUGCCGCUCUGCGGACUGCAAACAACAGAGACAUCCCCGAGGUUCAAUGGGAUGCCGCUUCGUUACUGGAGAACAUCGACUUCUGGCUUUCCAGCCGAAAGCUGCUCCGCGACAGACUCCUGCCACUGGGCCAGCGCGAAGUCGAGUGGAAGAGCACCAAGACGGGCGCAUCCGGCGAUAACGGACAGCCAGAGAACCUGCUCGAGAGCAAGGUGCUAUCGCAACUGGAGGCUGUGAGGGAUGUAUUGAGCGAAGAACUAGAGGAGGAUUAA